AUGUCUACUACUAUCGAACACGCUUCGGCUUUUAUUGAGGGCGCUCCGCCCGGCGAGCUCGCCGACGUCGUUGCCGAUGUGCAGGCCCUGACCUCCGAGGAGGGCGAUAUCAUUCCCUCUCUUGCCCCCGCAUUCGAACGAUACAAUGAAGCCCAGCUCACCACCGUGAAGCUACCGGGCUCUAGCCAGGAGGUUAUCGUCAGUGAAUUCAAUAAGGUCGAGGGCAACCGCUACUUCGACCCUGAGAGCCAGACCUCGUUUGAGAUCGACCACAUUACUCAGACUGCCUCCGCGGCCCAAUCAGCACCAUUGGAAUCGCAGAACGCCGAUCUGAUUAAAUCACUCAUCAAGUCGCUGGGCAUCCACGCCCGCGAACACUACCCCGACUGCUCAUACGGCGUGUACCCGACCGAGAACGACUCGGCCGUCGCAAUCCUCCUCGUCGCCAACCGCUACUCCCCGAAUAACUUCUGGAACGGUCGUUUCCGUGCGAUCUACCAAGUCCCCGUCUCUUCCUCCUCCACCUCCAUCAACGGCAAAAUCCACGUCGACGUGCACUACUACGAAGACGGCAACGUCUCCCUCAACACAACCAAGCCAAUUGCCCUCUCCGUGCCCAGCAUCUCCGCGGAGUCGAUCAUCUCGCGCAUCGCCACGGCCGAGCGCGAUUACCAGGAAGAAUUGAACCGGGCGUUUGUGGCCAUGGCUGAGGGUACUUUCAAGGGUCUUCGACGACAGCUACCUAUUACUCGGCAGAAGGUUGAGUGGGAGAAGGUUGGUGGAUACCGAUUGGGACAGGAUAUUUCUGGCGGCAAGGGUCGUUGA